GGUGGCUGGGCGGGGCCGGGGUGUUCUCUGGGUCCACCUCUACUCCAACCUGGGAGGGUCCUGCAAGGAUCCCGGCUGGAGAAGGGCGCUGGGGGCCUGUGAGACAGCCCCGGAGGUGGCGAAACCCUGACCCUUCCAGCCCCCUAACUGCCCUCCCUUCCUCCACCCUGGCAGAGGGUGACAACCCAGGGCUCUUUGCAUAACUCUGUGGCUUCGCUGUAGUCACCAGCGGCAGCCAGCAGAGGGGAAGGGCAGAGCGCCACCAUGGCGACACCCCUCUCCCACUCCCAGCGGCGCCCUCCCCUCUUGCGCCAGGCCAUCAAGAUAAGACGCCGCAAGGCCAGAGAUCUGCAAGAUCCCCCACCCCAAACAGCCCAGGAGAUCGAGCCCCCAUCCCACCACUUGUCUCCUGAGCAGCGGGCCCUGCUCUACGAGGAAGCCCUGUACACUGUACUGCACCGCCUGGGCCAGCCCGAGCCCAGCCACGUGCCUGAGGCCUCCGAGUUACUGCGGUACCUACAGGAGGCCUUCCACAUGGAGCCCGAGGAGCACCAGCAAAUGCUGCAGCGAGUCAGGGAGCUCCAGAAGCCAAUAUUUUGUCUGAAGGCGACAGUGAAACAGGCCAAGGGCAUUCUGGGCAAGGAUGUCAGUGGCUUCAGUGACCCCUACUGCUUGCUGGGCAUCGAGCAGGGCCUGGGCGUGCCAGGGGGCAGUCCUGGGGCCCGGCGUCGGCAGAAGGCUGUGGUGAGGCACACCAUCCCCGAGGAGCAGACCCACCGCACCCAGGUCAUCACCCAGACUCUCAACCCCGUCUGGGACGAGACCUUCAUCUUGGAGUUCGAAGACAUAACCAAUGCCAGUUUCCAUCUGGACAUGUGGGACAUGGACACCGUGGAGUCUGUCAGACAGAAGCUCGGGGAGCUCACGGAUCUGCACGGACUGCGGAGGAUCUUUAAGGAGGCCCGGAAGGACAAAGGCCAGGACGACUUUCUAGGGAACGUGGUUUUGAGGCUGCAGGACCUGCGCUGCCGAGAGGACCAGUGGUACCCGCUGGAGCCCUGCACCGAGACCUACCCAGACCGGGGUCAAUGCCACCUCCAGUUCCAGCUCAUUCACAAGCGGAGAGCCACCACGGCCAGCCGCACCCAGCCCACCUACACCGUACACCUCCACCUCCUGCAGCAGCUCGUGUCCCACGAGGUCACCCAGCACCAGGCAGGCAGCACCUCCUGGGACGGGUCGCUGAGUCCCCAGGCCGCCACCGUCCUCUUCCUCCACGCCACGCAGAAGGACCUGUCCGACUUCCACCAGUCCAUGGCGCAGUGGCUGGGCCUCAGCCCCCACUCAAACUUCCCCCGCCUCUACCAGAGCCUGGAGUUCCCCAGCAGCUGCCUCCUGCACCCCAUCACCAGCAUUGAGUACCAGUGGAUCCAAGGCCGGCUCAGGGCAGAACAGCUAGAGGAGCUGGCCACGUCGUUCAGCUCUCUUCUGGCCUAUGGCCUCUCCCUCAUCCGGAAGUUCCGGUCCGUCUUCCCCCUGUCUGUCUCGGACUCCCCGGCCCGGCUGCAGUCUCUCCUCAGGGUCCUGGUGCAGAUGUGCAAGAUGAAGGCUUUUGGAGAACUGUGCCCAGGGAGUGCCCCACUGCCCCGCCUGGUGACCGAGGCCUUGAGGACUGGCACAGUUGAAUGGUUCCACCUGAAGCAGCAACACCACCAGCCCAUGGUGCAGGGCAUGCUAGAGGAGGGCAAGGCCUUGCUGAGCCUGGUCCAGGACAUCAUCAGUGACCUGCACCAAUGCCAGCGCACGUGGAACAAGAUCUUCCACAAUGCCCUCAAGAUCGACCUCUUCUCCAUGGCUUUUCUGGAGUUGCAGUGGCUGGUGGCCAAGCGAGUGCAGGACCACGCGGCGGCGGCAGGCAGUCCCGUGUCCCCCGAGAUGGGCGAGAGUCUGUUUCAGCUCUACAUCAGCCUCAAGGAGCUCUGCCGGCUUGGCCCAGGCCCCUCGGAAAGAGAAGGAGUACUGGCCCUGGACGGCUUCCAUCGCUGGCUCCAGCCGGCCAUCCCCUCCUGGCUGCAGAAGACAUACAGCGUGGCCUUGGCGCGGGUGCAGCGCGCGGUGCAGAUGGACGAGCUGGUGCCCCUGGGUGAGCUGACCAAGCACAGCACCUCAGCCGUGGACCUGUCCACCUGCUUCGCCCAAAUCAGCCACACUGCCCGUCAGCUGGACUGGCCGGACCCAGAGGAGGCCUUCAUGAUCACGGUCAAGUUUGUAGAGGACACCUGUCGGCUGGCCCUCGUGUACUGCAGCCUUAUAAAGGCCCGGGCCCGUGAGCUCUCUGCUGGCCAGAAGGACCAGGCCCUGGCAGCCAACAUGCUGUGCGUGGUGGUGAAUGACAUGGAGCAGCUGCGGCUGGUGAUCGGCAAGCUGCCCACCCAACUGGCAUGGGAGGCCCUGGAGCAGCGGGUGGGGGCCGUGCUGGAGCAGGGACAGCUGCAGAACACACUACAUGCCCAGCUGCAGGGCGCACUGGCUGGGCUGGGCCACGAGAUCCGCACCGGCGUCCGCACCCUGGCUGAGCAGCUGGAGGUGGGCAUCGCCAAGCACAUCCAGAAACUCGUGAGCCUCAGGGAGUCUGUCCUGCCCGAGGAUGCCAUUCUGCCCCUGAUGAAGUUCCUGGAGGUGGAGCUUUGCUACAUGAACACCAACUUGGUGCAGGAGAACUUCAGCAGCCUGCUCACCCUGCUGUGGACUCACACGCUCAUGGUAUUGGAGGAGGCAGCCGCCGCCCAGCGCACCUCGUCCCUGGCCUCACGCAGGCUGAAGAUCGCUCUGCAGAACCUGGAGAUCUGCUUCCAUGCUGAGGGCUGUGGCCUGCCGCCUGAGUCCCUGCACACAGCCACCUUCCAGGCUCUGCAGGGGGUCCUGGAGCUACAGGCUGCCUCCACCCACGAACUCAUCCGGAAGUACUUCUGCAGCCGCAUCCAGCAGCAGGCGGAAACCACCUCUGAGCAGCUGGGGGCUGUCACCAUCAAGGCCUCCUACCGCACCUCUGAGCAGAAGCUGCGCGUGGAGCUGCUCAGCGCCUCCAGCCUGCUGCCCCUGGACUCCAACGGCUCCAGUGACCCCUUUGUCCAGCUGACCCUGGAGCCCAGGUAUGAGUUCCCUGAGCUGGCCCCCCGGGAGAGCCAGAAGCACAAGAAGGACCUUCACCCACUGUUUGAUGAGACCUUUGAGUUCCUGGUGCCUGCUGAGCCGUGCCAGAAAGACGGGGCGUGCCUCCUGCUCACCGUACUGGACCACGACACGCUAGGGGCCGACGACCUGGAGGGGGAGGCCUUCCUACCGCUGCACACGGUGCCUGGCAUGACUGGCUCUGAGGAGCCUGGGGAGGUGCCGCAGACCCGCCUGCCCCUCACAUACCCUGCACCCAAUGGGGAUCCGAUCCUGCAGCUGCUGGAGGGCCGUAAGGGUGACCGCGAGGCCCAGGUUUUUGUGCGGCUGAGGCGGCAGCGAGCCAGGCAGGCCUCCCUGCAUGCCCCACGACUGGGGCGGUAGCAGUGGGGACCCGAAGGGGCUUUUCUUUGGCCUAACACUCGGGGAGCCAGGGCAGGCUCACGUGACAGGGUACCGCCAGCAGUAUCUAUACUCCCUCCUCCCUUGAGGUCUGGCCUCCUCCUCCACCACAUGCCAGCACCAGUGGGAGGGGCUCCUGCCUGUCCCCCCCUAGGAAAAGCUCUCUGGUGGGGCAGGGCCUGGGGCCAUCUGUCUCCACGUCUGUUCCAGCCACAGACACUGCAUGGGGGCCAGGCUCACUGGACCUAGUAGAGGGGACCUGUCAGAGAUAAGGCCACACGCUGUGCUGGGAAGGAGGCAGUGACCUUGACUACAGGGGGCCCAGGUCCUCUCCCAGGGAGCCUCUAGGCUUCCCCAGCUGCCUCACCACUCAGGUGUGGGCUGUUCCCACGGCUAAGGUGGGGAUCUUGGCCCACCCCAUUGGUCAAAGGCCCUCGCUGAGGGCCCCACCUCCUCACCCCCACAUAAACAAGCACACUGCUGGCUCUGGAGGGGUUCGAGCUGGGGGCAGUGAGGCUGGCAUGGAGGGACCGAAGCAGAAGGGACCGCCUGUGUGCAAAUGUCACCUCCCGAGGGCAGCAUCUGCCACCUAAGGACUUCAGUGAAAAUAAAUAAAGCAACAACCCACUGUCUGUUUAGGAGAUCUGCUGCUGGUCUCCAGGGGGGCCCAGGUUACAACCAGACUCCUUCCUAGCCCUCAGGAGACCUGGAGCCACCACCCCCCUCCUCAGGCUUUUUACAAGCAGCAAGGUUGUAAAGCUCCCCUCCGGGGAGCCAGGAGGGCCUGGCUAGUGUCCCGGCUGCAGGAUUGGAACUAAGCGCUUUACCACUCAUCUGUGUCUGCUGCCUGGGCCAGGAGCCUUCACUCUGGAGUGCUCUACAAGCAGGGCCUCCCAGUGCUUGGAGGAGUAGGGCCCCAGCCUCCCCUGGAGGAGGUGGCUCCCGUGCACGGAGCUGGAGCGAGGCCCGGUUGUCACCCAAGCUGGGAGACCCUGGUUGAGUCCCCUGACCUCCCUGCCCACAGAGAGGAUGGGGAGCAGCAGGUGGUUACACGGGCUGACUGCCAAGGCCCCUUCAGGUCUGAACCUGAGCCUGGACAGCUAGGGUACCACUAGGGUGUCUUCUCACCACUCCCCAAGCCCGGCCAAGGGCUUGCUUCCUAAGCCUUGGAUCCCGCCCCUGCAGCAGGUGGGAUGAGGCAGCAGGCAGCGGCUGGCCGUCUCCUCUGGCCCCACGCCUUCGUUUUUGUGCACCUCAUCCUGAGGGGGAAGAGUGUGUUCCCUGAGAAACUGUCAGGGACCCUACUGCCUUUUGGAAAAAGCAAGCCAGUCACAGCCCCGAGCAGGAGUCAUGGGCACAGGAGGGGUGUCUGUGUCCACAGCUGAGUCUGCCAAGUCCUCAGUCCAGCACAAAGGUGUGGGCGCAGCUGGCCCACCCCAUAGUUCACAGGCCUUCAUUCGGGGCCCUACCCCUCACCCCCACAUCAACAAGCUACUACUCCAAGUUCAUAUUUUAUUUCCAAUAAGUUUGGAGCUCUGUUGAUUUUUGCAUUUUUGUAAAAAAGGAGAAAUUUUUCACUUAAUUCAUUGAAAGCCCUUUCGUGCUGAGCCCGAGGGGGGCCUGGGCCAGACCCUUCGCAGUCUCGCUCCUGCCUUUCACCCAGUGCUAGGAGCAGGACUGCCGCCCUCCGCCCACCUGCCCUCCCGCCCCCGCUGCCUUUCUGUACAGACAAUGUUUAAAACGGAAGCUAAGACACAAGUACGUGGACAGGCACACACACAUGCACACGGCAUCCGCCCAGGCGGGCCGGACGUCAGCUGCACUCGGAGAGCACCAAGGAAUGCAUACAGAGCCCCUCCGGGAGGGAGGGCAGGGCCUAUGCCCGCUCGGUCCCCAGUCCGCACUCCUCCCCACAAUUGCCCUGCUAGCUGCCAGAGGGAGGGGACGGGCUGCAUGAGGGCAUGCCAGAGGGAAGGGACGGCUGGAGGGCCACAGAGGGCAGUGCCAGCCUGGCCAGUGGCCCUGGGGCCAGGAAGGCCCCUCUGGGGAGUCCAGGAGGAAAGGCCUGAGAGAGCACCUCAGGCCUCAGGAACCUGAGGGACAAAACUGGGCCUUGCCCCCUGUGGGGCUUCAAGGGCCCAAGUGUGGGGAGCCAGGCUGGCCCUGACAUGCCAGCCUGCUAGUCUCAGCUGUGUCCCGAGGACUAAACACACAUUGGUAAGCCUAGGGGCUGCCGCCUCAGACCCCCAGCACACACACCUCCUACGGCAUUUCCUGCAGGGACUGGGCCAGCCCUGGGGAAGGGGAGGCCUCCAUGCCUCUGCCGCUUGCCCUGGUCUGGGGCAUGGGGUGAGCGGGUCCGGCCCUGAAGGCCUUUCUCCUCCCUGACCCUUGCAGCUUCCCUCCCUCCCCUGCUCAGGCCCAGGAAGAAGUUAAAAAGAGUUAGUUCCUACAUAAAAAAGAGACAGAAAAGGAUUCUCUGCCAAAAGGCCAGUG